CGAACAUUAACUAAUGAGUAGUUUGUUGGGUGGCAUGAAUUGAAGGGUUUAAUAGAGGAAGGAGCAAGAAGAGUGCUACUAAGUGCGCUAGCUCCAAUGGGAUGUUUGCCGGUGAUGAUAACACUUUACUCCAAGCAUCCUCUCUUUGAUCGCCGGUGCCUUGACCAAUACACCCAGGUGGCCGUCGAUUUCAACCUCAUGGUUCAGAACGAGUUGGACCGCAUCAAACCUCAGCUCGCGAGUGGAGGAGUCAAGAUCUAUGUAUCCGACGUCUACCAUGCCGUCAACGACAUGAUCCAACGCCCACAAACCAAUGGUUUCGAAGAAGUGAAUGCCGGGUGCUGUGGGACUGGGUUCUUGGAAGCCGGAUUCUUGUGCAACCCGCAUUCGCUUGUUUGCCCCGACGCUUCCAAAUACAUAUUUUGGGAUUCCAUUCAUCCCACAGAGAAGACAUACCACAACGUUUUUAAAGCAGCUCGUCCCGCCAUUGAUCUUCUUAUCAAGGACUAAUUAAUUUGUUGAAUUAUAUAUAUAUAUUCCCCCCAAAUAGCGGUUUUCGUUGUUGGUCAAUUCUUUUUUACUUCGAUUAGGGUAAUGCAUCUGGUGAAAUACAUGUAUACGUGAGCCUGUGUAAAUGUAAUGAUUCAUGAUUAAACAAGACCCCUUACUUUUGUUACUCCAAACACC